ACAGACUGUUUGCAGGCAUUGAAUUCCUCGUCAUAUGAUUACAUCGGUUGGUCAGUCUCUUCAUACUUUCACGGUCGAGUAUUGGACAGAAAUCAAAGACAUCAGAGCAAAGAAGUGAAGAUUGAGCUGUCAUUUCAUUUAUGCAUUGUUUGGACCAUAAUAUGCAUUACAUUAAUCAAAGGCUUUCACAAUACCGGCAAAGUGUUGGUCAUAUCGGCGAUCAUUCCUAUUGUUCUCUACUCUUUGGUUGUCUUGCGUUUUAUGGAGCAAUGGGGCGAUGGAGUGAGCGAUAUAUUCCAGACCACUGGACAACCCUUCCUCUUGGACUCAAUGUCGUGGCUAAUGGCCAGUCGGGAAGCGUUCAUAGUGUGGGUGGCCUUCAGUGCCAUAGCUCUGAACAUUCAGAGUCACAACCGGUCGAGUCAUAACAUAAUCAAACAAAUUCUUGUGCUCUUCUUUCUGGUGACGAUUAUUCUUGUGAUGAGUGCGUGUUUUUUUGCCGCCUGUAUGCGGACACUGAAGAGCAAAGGGUUGACUUACAUCCCGUCCUCCUAUGAAGAGAUAACAUCCAUAAACUUUUUGCGUGAGACGAGUGACACGAAUAGUCCGGUGACAGCGAACGACGUGAAGAUCAUUUCGGCGUCGAAUCUGUUUUUAGGCGAGAAUUUGGUCUCGUUUUCGGAACUCACGUCUCAUUUAAGUCAUUAUCAAGUGAUGAGAUUCGCGACAGAAGUGUUUCCGGCGGCCCUUUCCAUAGAGGGCUCCCGUAAUAUCAGUUCAAUUUGGGCCGUUUUCUUCUACCUGUCGGCCAUUAUGUUCACAUUGGGUCACCUGAUUGUCAUCUGGGGUUCAGUCACCGACUCUAUCAUCUCAAUUAUGCCCACUUUCUUCAAACUCUGGCGACCGAUCCUCACGUUUGUC